AUUACAGUUUUAGGGACAAAAAAAAAAGAAAAAAAAAAAUUGGAAAGUAUUAUAUGAAAGCCUUUGGAGUAAAACACCUCUUUUGUGCAGGCAGGAGAUUAAUGACCACACUCUCCUUAACCUCUUAUCUUCUUCUCUUCUCAGCUAAUCUUUUUUAAUUUUCUUUAAUCUCUUCUUUAUAUUUUAUUCUUUAUUACCAUAUAAACACACACCCCCUUUUUCAAGAUUUAAGCUUAAUUACGGCGGUGGAUCUGCUAAACUAACCGGCCAUGUAGAUCUUUCUUAUCAAGAAAAAGUAAGAAGAGUGAAGAAAUGGAUUUUGAUGAUCAUGAUGACCAAGAAGAAGAGAUGGAUAUGGAGGUUCAACCAGAUUAUCAUCACGAUGGACGGAAAAUAAGUUCGGCAGCCGCUGGUGGAAGCGGAGAAGAUGUUACUACUGCGGUUGCAGCUGCGGCAACUACUUCAACGAAUACAAGCGCGAGAAAAAUGAUAAGAUAUAGAGAGUGUUUGAAAAACCAUGCGGUGACGAUCGGCGGACAUGCUGUUGAUGGUUGCGGUGAGUUCAUGGCAGCCGGCGAUGAAGGUACUAUAGAUGCACUAAAAUGUGCUGCGUGUAACUGCCACAGAAAUUUUCACCGGAAGGAAACUGAUGGAGUAUCAGGAGAAGGAAUAUAUCAGCAUCACCACCACCUGCAGCAGCACCAUCCUCAAUUCUCUCCGUAUUAUCGUGCACCACCGCCAGCUGGGUAUCUACACCUGACACCACCGCAGCAUAGGCCUCUAGCGUUACCUGCAGCCUCUGGAGGGGGAGGAGGAGGUGGUGGAGGCGGCGGUGUGUACAGCAGAGAAGAUGAAGACGUGUCUAAUCCUAGUAGCAGCGGCGGAGGAGGUGGAGGCGGCGGCAGUGGAAGUUCAAAGAAGAGAUUUAGGACCAAGUUCAGCUCGGAGCAAAAAGAUAAAUUGUUGGCUUUUGCCGAAAGGCUUGGGUGGAGGAUUCAGAAACACGAUGAAGCUUCUGUGGAGCAGUUUUGUGCAGAAAAUGGAAUUAAAAGACAUGUGCUUAAGGUUUGGAUGCACAAUAACAAGCACACUCUUGGUAAGAAACCCUAAAAUUACUAUUAUUCUUUCUUCAUUUUAGCAAACUCGACUAGAAAAAAAAGGGAAAGAACAAGACCAUUUGUUAAAAUUUGUUCUUCCUGCAAUCAAAGUGGACAGUAAUGAGAGCUAGACAUGAUCAUGGGCAUGCAAGUGCAAUUGUUUUCUUCUUCUUAAUAUCAAAAAUGGAAAAUUGUGGUGUCAAUUGUUACUUAGAUGCUGUAACAUGAUUAGGGUUCUUACUAUUUCUGUUUUUUCUUUUCCUCUUUUGGGCUUCCAAGUUUAAAAUUUUUGAGUUUGUUUUUAGUUCAUUUUAUGAAUGUAGGAAGAGGAAUGGCCCUGUUAUUUUCUUGAA